UAUUGCUGCAAAUCAUUUGCUGGUCUGUAGAUUUCCUUAAGAAAUUCUGCUGACAUCAUUCACUCUUUUCUCAGAUUCCUUUCCUUCGGUCUCCCUCUCCUCUCUCACUCUCUCCGUCCCUUUCUAGUUCAUUCAGGACUCCGAGUUGCCUGUUAAUUCCUUGUUCUGUUAUGACAACACCUAACAAGAAGUCUGCAUAUAUUGAUCUUUGCAGGAGAUAGCAAGGUACUGAAAAUGGAAGCCACUCACAUCAAUAUGUCAAGCACUCCUCUUAUGAAUCACACAACUAAUUCUGAGCCCAAGACAAAGAGACCUCGGGUCAUGUCAAAAAGUGGACACAGCAAUGUGAGGAUUGACAAAGUUGAUGGUAUCUACCUACUUUACCUUCAAGACUUAUGGACAACAGUUAUAGACAUGAAGUGGAGGUACAAACUCUCCCUAUUUGCUGCCACAUUUGUGGUGACCUGGUUCCUAUUUGGAGUCAUCUAUUAUGUGAUUGCAUUUAUUCAUGGAGAUUUGGAACAGAGUGAGCAUUCCCCAAAUCAAACAGCCUGCAUUAUGAAAGUCAACUCCUUAACUGGGGCAUUUCUCUUUUCUCUUGAGUCCCAGACAACUAUUGGAUAUGGUGCCCGUUUCAUCACUGAAGAGUGUCCUCAUGCCAUUUUCUUGCUGGUUACUCAACUGGUUAUAACAACCUUAAUUGAAAUUUUUAUCACUGGCACUUUCCUGGCCAAAAUUGCAAGACCUAAAAAACGGGCUGAGACCAUCAAGUUUAGCCAUUGUGCUGUUAUUACCAAGCAUAAUGGGAAGUUAUGCCUUGUGAUUCAAGUGGCCAACAUGAGGAAAAGUCUCUUGAUCCAAUGUCAGCUUUCUGGCAAGCUCCUCAAGACUCACCUUACCAAAGAAGGGGAAAGGAUACUACUCAACCAAGCCACUGUCAAGUUUCAUGUGGAUUCUUCUUCUGAAAGUCCUUUCCUCAUUCUACCCAUGACAUUUUAUCAUGUGCUGGAUGAGACAAGCCCCCUGAGAGAUCUGACAUCACAAAAUCUGAAGGAAAAGGAGUUUGAAUUGGUGGUUCUCCUCAAUGCCACAGUGGAGUCCACUAGUGCCGUUUGCCAGAGCCGAACAUCUUAUAUCCCAGAGGAGAUCUACUGGGGAUUUGAAUUUGUGCCUGUGGUAUCUCUCUCAAAAAAUGGAAAGUAUGUGGCUGAUUUCAGUCAAUUUGAAGAAAUCCGAAGAAGUUCAGAUUGUACAUUUUACUCUAUAGACCCAGAAAAACAAAAACUUGAAAUGAAAUAUAGGGAAGAAGAGCAGAGAGAGAGGGAACGCAGGACAAUUUUGUUACAACAGAGUAAUAUCUGAUUACAUUGGAAUAUAAAAUUUUAACUUUACAAAGCUAAUUCUCCAAAUCAUAAAAGGAUAAGAAUCUGUAGAAUGUAAGCUCUUGGAGGGUAGAAACUGUAUCACUUUUGUCUUUGUAUCUCCAGCCCCUAAUACAGUGCCUUGCAUGUAGUAGGUUUUUAAUAAAUGUUCAUUGAAUUAAAUUAUUCUAUCAUCUAUGAGGCUGCUAAUUAUAAAUAUUUGGCAGCAACCUAAAAAAAGCUGUUAGGCAGAAAAAACGAUCUUUUCUUUGUAUCUGGUCAAAUCAAAUAUUUUUCUCCAUGAAAAAUCCCUGGGGUGUACUGAAUAUGCUGUGUUCAAAAUAUCUCAAAAAUAAAAUUUUCUAACAAUGUGGGAGAAUUUGGAAGAAGUUGGUGAAGUAUAAUCCUUUUUUUAAAAAUAAAAUUAAGUAUUUUUUGGUCAAGUAAAGUUCUAAGGAUUUCAUGCCUUCCAGAGGAUUGAUAGAAACUAAUGGAAUAAAUAUUGAAAGAAAUCAGAACUGUGCAAAGAUGAUUAGCAAGAUAACUACAUACGAUAUUUAUUUGGUUCAAAGAAUGAAAAAAACAGACAAAAAAUCAUGUAGCCAUAAUUUAAA